AAUGGCUACUGCAAUAUCUAAUAAGGAAUAUUUAAAAUAUGAUGUUGAGCAUUGUAAAUCAUCAGUUACAAUUCUAAUAUAUCACGUAGAAGGUAGAUGUGCUGGAUAUGCCAUUUUUAUUGAUGAACAAUGGAAAUAUACAGUAAAUUAUAGACCAACAAAAUAUGAAAAGGCAGUCGUUAGUCUUAAUUUUGUUAGUAACACAGGAAAUAUGACAACCAAAGAAAUUCAAUGGAAAUUUACUUCCAAUGAAAAAACUUGGAGGAAAAAAGCUUGGAAAGUUGUAAAACAACUUUUAAAACCCACACCAAAAGCUUAUGAUAUACUCUCUCUUAAUGGAGCAUUCAAUAUUGAAAAUGGUAGAAAUAUACAAGAAUCAGGUGGACAUACUACUGAAGAUAGAGAAACGAAAAAUGGUAGGCAACGCUCCAAAAGUUUUUGUAAUAGAUUUGUUUCAAUUUUAACGUCAAUAUGUCGCUGUUCCUGUACUUUUCGUCUAAUUCAGUGUUGUAGGAGAAGACUUGAUCAAAAAAGACUGGUUGAAGAAUAUAGAAUGCAUUAG